AUGUCUGUCAGCGCAUCAACCUCAAAUAGUCGAGUCCGGUUAGAACCGAUUUCAUUGCCAUCCUUCACUGGUAACAUUCAAGACUGGCAAUCGUUUUACGAUUGCUUUCGCGUCAUGGUGCAUGAAGAUAAUGGAUUUUCUUCAGCGCAGAAGUUUUAUUAUUUAAGGUCUCAUCUUGAAUUAUUGCACUGCGGCCCUCAAUCAUUACUCGCAGAGGUCAGACGUCGUUAUUGGCCGAUUAAGGGUAGAGUAAUAGCUCGCUCAAUUUUCCGUAGAUGUAUUCAAUGUAUUAAGGCCAAGCCCACAUUCGAAACUCCAAGUAUGGGCCACCUGCCAAAGCAACGUGUCCAGUGUACACGCCCCUUCACCAACACAGGUGUGGAUUUUACAGGCCCCUUCUCUGUUCGCAGUGGAAUAAGAGGAAGACCUAGCAAAAAGGCAUGGAUUGCGAUUUUUGUAUGUUUUUCAAUCAAGGCUAUUCACAUAGAAGCAGUAGAAGACAUGACAAGUGCUGCAUUUUUGGCUGCUCUACGCAGAUUUAUAUCAAGGCGUGGGAAGCCAUCGACUAUGUGGAGCGACAAUGGAACGAAUUUUGUUGGAGCAGAAAGAGAGUUAUCUGAAUGCUUACUAAACGUGGCAAAAAAUCUAGCAAAUGAAGGUGUAACAUGGCACUUCAACCCACCAUCGGCACCACACUUUGGUGGGCUUUGGGAAAGUGGCGUAAAAAGUGCGAAAUAUCAUUUACUACGCGUACUAAAAGAAAGUAGCCUGACGUACAGUGAACUGGAAACGUUAUUAUGCCAGGUAGAGGCCUGUCUCAAUUCUAGACCACUCACGCCCAUGAGCAGUGAUCCAUUCGACACGGACCCUCUAACUCCGGCGCACUUUCUCAUUGGUGGUCCUAUGUUUUUUCAACCAGAACCCGAUCUAUCGAAUGAAAGCCCUAACUAA